CCAGCCCACCUUUGCCUUGCAUCACGUUUUAGUUUCCUUCCGGACUCGAGCAAGGAUAGUUUCGUUGUCUCCUCGUGUGGUUCGACGCUACCUCAUUUUGCUGCGCUGUGUUCUGCGAUACGCCUGUCUGGUAGAGUCUUGUCAAUGUUACUGCCGCCGAUGCGCGGAGUUACGCACAGGCGAGUAACGCUCACCUUGGUCUCACAGUCAGCACUCACGCAACGUUCGCCGUCGUGAGCCGCCAAUGGAAGAACCGCCGUGGGCUAGCAAGCUAGCGCCACACCGCACAAUAGCCGAGGAAGCCAAGUCCAUCCUCCAUGAGCUGAACGCAGUGGUGGCAGUCGGCCCACGCUGGCAGCUGGACACGUUUCUGGAUGGCACUGCCCGCCUCUCUGCCAUCCAGAAGGCUCUGCGCGCGCGGCUAAAUGACAAAGAUGGGGGUGCUGGAGGGGCGGGGGAAAUAGGGGGUGAAGGCGUGGGGGGGGGGAGGGGGGAGAGCUAUGGAAGCGGUGAUAGCAGCAGGGAUGACAUGGGAGUGGGUGGAAGCAGGGGGUAUGGCGGCGGCAGUGGUGCUGGCGGCAGUGCUGGUGAUGGAAGGGGGGGAGGGGAAGGCACGGGGGCUGCAGGAGGAAUUGGAAUGAAGAAGAAGCUGGGCCGGCGGGCCAGCCAGCCUCCUGCCAUAUUCGGAGCAGCUUUAGCGGCAGCAGCAGCAGUUGAUGGCAGCGGAAUGGGCGGGGGCGGGCUGAGAGGGGCUCACGGGGGCCUGAUUGCGAACGAGGGUUUCGGGUUAGGAGGCUUAGGGUUAGGGUUAGGGCGGCUGCUGCCAGGGAGUGAGGGGGAGGUGAUGAAAGUACUGGGCGAUGUGGACAUGCUGGCAGAGAGGUGCAUGGAGAUGCUGGUAGAGGAGUUCAAGGACAGCCUCGUGAAGCACAGCAAGCCGUUCCAGCUGCCCAUGGCUCGGCCCAUUCUGGAUCUCAGCCUCCCGCUGGCCACCCCCCAGUCCCCCUCGUCCUCUGCUGGUGAUGGUGCUGCUGCUGCUGCUGCUGGUUGUGGUGGUGGUGGUGGUGGUGGCAUAAGCAGUGGGCAUCACGCCAUUAGCAACACUCGUUACAGCAAGAGCCUUUCUGCUAUUGAUGCUGAGAGUGGAAGUAGCAGCGCAACAGCGCCACCAACAACAGCAGCAGCAACGGCAGCACCAAGCGGAAAUGUGCGGACUUCUCAUAGUUAUAGCAGCAAGAGCAGCACCACCUCGAACGGCGGAAGCAGUGGAAGUACCAGCAGAGGGGUUAGCCCCAUCUACAGUGCACAGUACAACGCACUUGUGAAGAGGUUUAAGAAGCUGGCGUCUCGGCCCCCCAUUAUGCUGGAUCCCUUUGGAAAACUGGUGGCAGCAACGGCAACAGCAGAAGAGGCAGCGGCAGCUGGAGAAGCAGGAGAAGGAAGCGGAGGGAGAGCGGGGAGAGGAGAGAGAGGGGGGAGACGAGAGAGAGGAGGGGGGGGAGAGGAAACUAGGAGUGUCGGACACGGGAAGGGGGCAGAGAGCGGCAUGGACCAAGGGAUAACAGAGGAGGAGGAAAAGAGUGUGCAUAAGCGCACCCUGUCUGACGAUCUGUUCGCGCGCGAUCCUCUGCUUGCAGCCUUUGGCGUACAUGCUGCUCACCAUAACCCCCAGCUCUCCCCCAUCACCAGCCCUUCUGCUACUUCAGCUGCUGCUGUGGUCGCUGGAAUUGAUGUGACGGCUGAUAGAGCAGCAGGCACUGCACUAGGGGGAGCAGCAGCAGCAGCAGCAGCAGCGGCAGCAGCAGCAGCACCAACAGCAGCAGCAGCAGGAGCAGGGAAAGAGUCAGCAAAACACUUUCACACUCCCCAUGUGAAGAUUCCAAGCGACCCUGAGCUGAUAUCGCCUAAGCAGACGCAUCCCCACCCUCUGUAUGCCGAUCUAGCAGCAGUGGAAGUGGAUGACACGUUUGCAGCAGAUGAUCAUGUAACUCUGGGAGUGAACACUAGUGGAGUUGGGGAUACCUGUAUUCAAAACGAGGGUGCUACGAAUGGGGAGGAGGAUGAGAAUGGAGCGAAUUCGUCCAAUUUCACCCUUUCACCACUCUCUGACACCUCAGGCUCGGGGAGUUCUGCUUCGGCUUCUCGAAGCAGCCAGUCAGCUGCGGAAGACAUCCCGAACCUGCUGCCCUCUCCAGUCCAGCUGUCCGGACCUGCGGCGAUCGUGAGUGGCGUUGCUGCGAUUAACGCUCGCAAGAACCGAAGCGCACAGUUUGCACGGGCUGAAGCAGAGGCAGCAGUUCAGGGGUCAAAGCGAAUGUCCCGUCGGGAAAGAGAACAGCAGAAAAAGCAGCAGCAGGAGAAGGAUCAGCAGCAGGCACAGGAAGAGGAAGAUCUGUACCCACUCCCGAACUUACCAGGUCAGGCUCGGCAGAAUCGAGUCAGCAGGCACGGCCGAUCCCAGUCCGCUGCAGCGAAUUUCACCAUAUUGCAGCGAAGAAGCAUGCAAGGACAUAGUGUGGAGGCUGUACCGAAUGUGACUACAACGAGAGAUGCUGCUGUUGGGGCAGGACCAGGAAGUUUGAGAGCAGGAACUGUGGGAUUGGACCCCCUCCCCCCUUCAGGGGGGACCAGAGGGCAGCGAGGCCACUCAGGUCCGCUAGCAAGACCUAGGGGAGGCGGGGGAGGGGGAGCAGGGGGGGGGAUGGGUAGGAGUGAGAGAGCAGGGGGGGUGGAGGAGGAUGGGCGGCAGCAGUUGGUGCCAUGGCUGCCAGUGGGGGCGGUGCCUUGUGUGGAGAGAAUCGCUCAGCAGCUUGUGGAGGGGGGUAGAGGCAAGGAAUGCAUUGCGGAGUACUGUGCGCUGCGUGCAGCAGCCCUCAAGGUGGCCAUCUCAGCCCUGGAAAUGGGAGAGCUGCGGCCUAACGCCCUGUCUGCCAUGCCGUGGGGUACCCAAGAGUCUUUCCUCAAGAGCUGGGUGCGAGAUGCCUACCUGCUGAUGGACGUUCUGCUAGUAGCGGAGCACUACCUGUGCGACAGUGUCUUCCUCUUCUCCCGCACCCUCUCCGACCGUGCGUUCCGGCGCCUCAUUCGCAGAACAGCAGCGCUGAAGGAGGCGCUGCACCUGCUGUGUGGCAACGCCGCUGCCAUCUGCUCGUCUGACGAGCAGCCGGAGAAGCUGUUCAGUCUGCUGGACAUGCUCCAGGCCACCCAGCACCUUGGCUCACAGAUGGAGGAUGUGCUGAUGGCAGUCGGCAUGGAAGAGGCACAUGAACAGUGGCAGAAAUUGCCAAAGCUGCUGACAUCAGCUGCGAUAGGGUCAGUUGAGAAGCUCAAGGAGAAGCUGAGCGAUGUGGAGGCGGCUCAGCACACCAUGGUUGCAGCAUCACCACGGUCUGCACAGAAGAUUUUCAGGUUGUGGAAGGCACAAGGAGAGGAGAGGCCAAGGGAAGAGGCGGACGUGUCGGUGCAUGCUAUCACGAGCUACACCGUCAACUAUGUCAACCAGCUGCUGCGCAAAGACGGUUCUCGCUAUGCCCGCAUGUUGGAAAGCGUCUACAGGAGAAGAGGAGGGGAGACGGGUACAAGAAGGGUGCUGAACGAGGAGAUCAGUGAGCUGCUGGCAGCGCUGCACCGCAACAUGCAAGUGCGGGCAGAAGUCAUUGCAGAGCGCACUGUGGCUGCGCUGUUCAUGCUCAACAACACGGCCUACGUCUCCAACUCUCUUGCGAGCACGAGCAUGAAGGAGGCGAUGAGGCAGUCAGAGCGGCUCAAGGGGUGUGAAACAGCCUUCAUAGACGCCAUCACUGCCAAGAUGUGCUCUCACCUUCUGUCCCUGGAAGCCAGCUCUCAGCUCAGUGCACAGGAAUUCAGGAUCAGGUUGAAGCGGUUCAAUGCAGCGUUUGAGGAGCUGGCAUUGCUGCAGGGCAGCUGGAACAUCGUGCACAUCAGCACACGCAGGAACAUUCGACAGCUGCUGGCGACGACGCUGCAUGACAAAUACAAGGACUUUCUCAUUCCACACAGGGACAUCUUGACGAGCAUCACCUCUUACCGCUGGUCUCCAGAUCGCCUUCUUCGAGCCAUACAAAAAAGCUUCUUCAUUGGCCCCAGUAUGGUGCGGUCAAGCUCCCAUGACUCGUAACCACGUGUGUGGACCAGUGUUGAGGUGCCGCAUGGCUCGCCUUCAUAAUGGAUACCAACUUUUUCGCCCGUGCCGGUGUUGUGUGGACAACUUCUUGGGAGUAGAAAGCCUGCCAUAAAGAGUGCCAAUGUUGGGACCUGGUGACUCCCUUCCUCUUUCUGGUUGAAAAAUACCUUCCACAGGCUGACGUGGUCUGCAGCUUCCAUCAGCCAUGCGGAGCACUGCCUGCUGGCACCGGCCAGAUGCAGAUACUCCUCCAGCACUUUUUCCCCUUCGAAUGAAGUCUCCCAAGUGAACCCUUGUGUUGGAAAUAUCUCAAGGACUUAAGCGUUUCUGAAGUGUAACACUGUACUCGAGGAAGAUUACAGGGGAGCACGCGAGUCAACGGAGGUUACACGAGGGGGCGGACAAAGAAAGCGAAAGGACUCGAAAGGUCGCAACUGGAGGUUGCGACUGACCGUUACAACAUCACAGAUGGUAACCGAAGCGGCAAUCGAGUCGCUGUGCGACUCGAUAAACCGCUCCUGACUUAAGCGUUUCUGAAGUGUAACACUGUACUCGAGGAAGAUUACAGGGGAGCACGCGAGUCAACGGAGGUUACACGAGGGGGCGGACAAAGAAAGCGAAAGGACUCGAAAGGUCGCAACUGGAGGUUGCGACUGACCGUUACAACAUCACAGAUGGUAACCGAAGCGGCAAUCGAGUCGCUGUGCGACUCGAUAAACCGCUCCUGUAACUGUAUUCUACAACUGCUUUCUUAUCUUCUAUAUAUUGCUGUAUGCUUGUUUCUUUAAUCAAUCACUUGUUCUCACAUACUAGUACAAGGGUUCAACCGUCUCAACUUCCGCUGCACUACUCCAAGUCUCAAGUCUUUACAGCUGGGACUUAGUCUCUGCAAAAGAUCCUAAGGGCUUUUCUCAGCCCAACACCUUGCAUGAGAAUAGCCAUUCUCAUCGAAAGCAGUAGCCUAUACCGUGGAUAAGGGCCUUCAGAAGGAGUACGGUAUCUGUAAUCCGCAAGAUAUAUUUGACCCGCAACAAGGAUGUAUGUAAUAUUGCUUUGCAAGCAAGAGUAACGUACCGCAAAAUGGAUGUCCAC